AUGGCGAGCUUGGGCCGGGGUCCUUGGGAAUGGCGUGUCCCAGCUGUGCACGAGGCCCCAACACGACCACACGGGAGACACAGCCGCUUGCUGGCGCGCGUGUCUAUGCGGGUGUCCAGGCAGUUCUCUGGCACGCCGCCCAAUGCUCUUGUUGCCUUCCACGUCCUGCCCGCUGCCGGUGCCACCACCGCCCUCAGCGCUGCCAAGGUCCUCCGUCGUCGGAGGGCCACGCGAGGCACUUGCAGCAAGGCAGUGAUGACCUUGGUGGAUGGACACUACCACCUCUACAAGAGCUUCCACGCCACAGCGGGUGCCCAGCUCUGCAACCAGCGGGGCGAGCCGACAAACGUCGUCUACACCUUCAUGCAGCAGCUCGAAAGGAUCCACCGGGAGCUUGAGCCCUCACAUAUGGCUGUGGUCCUGGACAGCCAGACCUCGGCGCUGUCGCGCCGGCAGGUCCUGCCGGAGUACAAGAAGAAUCGGCGCUGCCCUCCCGACCUGCUCGUGCAAGUCCCAAAGGUCAUGCAGGCCUGCGAGGCCAUGGGCGUGCCCUGGCGCGCCCACGAGGACUUCGAGGCCGACGACCUCAUCGCCUCCUACACGCGCCGCUUCGUGGAGUGCGGCGAGGAGGGCGUCGUGAAGAUUCUGAGCUGCGACAAGGACCUCCUGGAGCUGGUCAGCGACAAGGUGGAGUUGGUGGACACCCGGGACCAACACUCUCCCUUCCAGCGGAUGGACGUCGCCCAGGCUGGCACAAAAACCAUCGGUGCAACGCUCGAACGCGCGGGGUGCGUGACGGUGCGUGUUUGCUCGCUCGUUUUGUUGCUCCAGUGGGCGACACGGCCGACAACAUCCCGGGCGCCAGGGGCACAGAAUCAUUCAGAGAAUCACUCGAUUCACUGGCAACAGAUCGACAUUGAGACAGACUUCAUGUUUGAGCAGACUUGCUGCACUUGUCCGAUUUAUGAUUUGACGCUGAGAGAGUUCUGA